GAGGAGACUGGUGACAACAGUAGCUCGCCGUUCUCCCGCAGUUCUGUUAACAACGCACUAGCCAUUAAAGCUAGUUACGGAGGAAAAUGAUGCCCUUGCAGCCUGAAUGGAGGAUGCUUUACGUACGAGCCGGUCCACAUGGGACACAAGUGUAUUACCGGGAAUGCACAUAAAAUCCCAGACAAUGUGCAGCUCCAGAACCCACUAUCGGCUGCCUAGGCUAACAUGUGCUCAGCCCCCACCUUCACUCCCUAUUCUCCCAUGACUGCGUGUCCACGCACGUCUCCGACUCGAUCAUCAAGUUUUUUGGAGACUACAGUUACCAACAACAACAAGAAAGCCUACAGGGAGGAGGUGAGAGCCCUGGCGAAGUGGUGCCAGGAAAAUAACCUCUCCCACAAUGUCAACAAAACGAAGGAGCUGAUCGUGGACUACAGGAGAAAGAGAGAGCACAGCCCCAUCCAAAUCGACGGGGUUGCAGAGGAGAGGGUCAAAAGCGUCAAGUUCCUCGGCUUGCACGUCCCUGACGACCUGAAAUGGUCCCUUCACACAGACAGUGUGGUGAAGGAGGCGCAACAGCACCUCUUCAACCUCUGGACCCUCACAAACUUCUACAGAUGCACCAUUGACAGCAUGCUGGCAGGCUGUAUCACCUCCGGGUACGACAAUUGCACUGUCCGCAGCCGCAGGGCCCUCCAGAGGGUGCUGUGGUCUUCCCAAUGCAUCACCAGGGGCCUGCCCUUCAGGACAUCUACAGCACCCGGUGUCACAGAAAGGCCAAGAAGAUCAUCAAGGCCCUCAGCCACCCGAGCCAGGGCCUGUUAUCCCCGCUACCAUCUAAAAGGCAGAGCCAGUAUAAGUGCAUCAAAGCUGGGACCGAGUGACUGAUUUAACAGCUAUCUCCAGGCCAUCAGCCUGUUAAACAGUCACCACUAGCUGGCCUCCGCCCAGUACUCUGCCCUGAACCUUAGAGUCAGGCCGUGUCAGAGGAAGGCCCUAAAAAUUGUCAAAGACUAGCCACCCAAGUCAUAGACUGUUCUCUCUGCUACCGCAUGGCAAGCGAUACUGAUGCACAAAGUCUGGAACUAACAGGACCCUGAACACCUUCUAACCCCAAGCCAUAAGACUGCUAAAUAGUUUGUCCGGGUAGCUAUUUGGUUAACUUAACUAUCUGCAUUGACCCUCAUUGCACUAACUUUUUUUGAUUCAUUACAUACGCUGCUGCUACUGUUAAUUAUGCUUAGUCACUUUAUUCUGUAGUUUUUGAACGGGUACUGGUACCCCGUGUAUAUAGCCAAGUUAUCGGGGAGGCAGGUAGCCUAAUGGUAAAAGUGUUGGACUAGUAACCGAAAGGUUGCAAGAUCGAAUCCUGGAGCUGACAAGUUAAAAAUCUGUUGUUCUGCCCCUGAACAACGUAAUUAACCCACUGUUCCCCUGUAUGCUGUCAUUGUAAAUAAGAAUUUUUUUCUUAACUGACUUGCCUAGUUAAAUAAAAGUGUAUAUAUAUAUAUAUAUA